UGUGUGUGUGUGUGUGUGUGUGUGUGUGUGUGUGUGUGUGUGUGUGUGUGUGUGUGUGUGUGUGUGUGUGUGUUUCGGAGGGGACAACCUGAGGAGCACCAACGACAUGUGACUGUGUUGGAGAAAACAAGGGAGGAGCAAACCUGAGGGAGCAGCGGCGGUAGAGAAGCCACUCUGGAGUUAAAAGGAAGCAAACCCUCGUGUUUCCCCUCCUCCGUUUGGUCUUUUCACUGACUUUUACUGAGAGUCACAUUUGAUCUGGAGAGUGAAGCCGUGCGGUUCCUCCUCCUCCUAAACUUUGCGUCUUUGGAAAGUCGACAGGGACGGAGAAGGAGGGAAACAGCAGAGAGAACCAUGCUUUCCUUCAUGUUGCUGCUGCUCCUUGUUCCACAUGCGUUGUUCUCCUCGACACAUGUAGCAGUGAUCUCCCCUCAGGAUCCGGUGCUGCGUAUCGGCUCCAGUUUGACAGCCAUGUGCACGCUGAGCCCUGAGCUCGGCCUCCACGCCAGCACAUUGUACUGGACGCUGAACGGGAUGCGUCUGUCCAGCAGCACCUAUAACCUGGUGUCGUCCGACAUCCUGAGCAUCACCCUUCACGGCCUGAACGGCUCCCAGCAGCAAUCUGGCGAUAACCUGGUGUGUCACGGAGCAGAUGGACAUGUCCUGGGUGGUUCUUGUCUCUAUGUGGGCAUGCCUCCAGAAAAACCGGUCAAUUUAACGUGUUGGUCCCGCAACACGAAGGACUUGAGCUGCAAGUGGAGUCCAGGGGGGCCGGGUGAAACCCACAUCCGAACCAAAUACACCCUCAAGUACAAAUUGAGGUGGUACGGGAGAGAGAAGGAGUGUGAAAAUUACAGCUUGGGGAAGCAGCGUUACUCCUGCUACAUCCCCCGCAACCUUGCCCUCUUCACUCCGUAUGAGAUCUGGGUGGAGGCGACCAAUCAGUUGGGCUCUGCCACCUCUGACAUCACCACCCUGGACAUCCUGGAUGUAGUGACCACAGACGCCCCUGCCAACGUGCAGGUGAGUCGCGUCGGCGACCUCGACGACCAGCUGACAGUCCGCUGGGCCAGCCCCCCUGAGCUCAAGGACAUCCUGUUUCAGGCCAAAUAUCAAAUCCGCUACAGACUGGAGGACAGCACUGAAUGGAAGGUGGUGGAUGAUGUCGGUAACCAGACAUCAUGUAGGUUGGCAGGCCUCCGACCUGGGACCGUCUAUUUUGUCCAGGUGAGGUGCAACCCAGUGGGCAUCUACGGUUCCAGGAAGGCCGGCAUCUGGAGUGACUGGAGUCACCCGACUGCCGCCUCCACUCCCAGCAGUGAGCGUCUGCAGAGCGGCUCGUGUGAUCCUAAGCCUGGCGAGCAGAACUCCACCCUGCGGCGGGAACUCAAGCAGUUCUUCGGCUGGGUCCGCAAGCACGCCUACGGCUGCAGCGGCAUGUCGAUCAAACUGUAUGACCAGUGGCGGGUGUGGCUGCAGAAAUCGCACAAAACGCGCAACCAGGUAGAUUCUACAGGACGAUAAUUCAUAGCACUGCUGCUCAGCACCACCAUGGUGUUUAAUUCAAGGAAGAAACACUGACGGAUAACUGGCCCUGAGCGUCCCAGCUGUGUGAGAGGUCCAACGCCCCGGCUCAGGGAUACUGCAGUGUUUGGUCAUCAGCCUUGAGUUUAAAGGGCCCGGGUGGAAGAUAACUGAAGUGAGACAAUGCAGCCUUCUUCUGCCAUUUCCGCUGGCCAGAUCUGUCUUUGCACAAACACCAACAUUUAGGCCCUCAGUAACUGCACUUUUCUUCUAUAUAUAACAAAAAGAAGUAAUGGUUAUCGUUCUUUUUUAUUAACUUAAUGUCAGAUAAGCAAGUCUCUCUUUGAAGUCAAAUGGUAACAAAGCAUUACUCAAGCAUGUAAAAAAAAUAUAAUGUAUUUCAGUUGCAGUAAGUAUGAGGGAAUGUGGAGUAAGUACUAAAUAUGGGUAUCUGAUGUUUACAGGUCAAGAAAUGUUAAGUACUUUUGUAAAGCAGUGGAUUCACAAAUGAUUUUAUACUUUUUUUUUUUAAUAUGUCAAUUUACAUUGCUAUGAUGGCUUGUGGCUCAGUAUCUCUCCAUCUAUUACUGUCUACUGGUAGCAAACAGGUCAAUGAAGACUAAAUGGAUUUAGAGUCAAAAAUGAGCCAGUAAUGAAACAUCAAAAAUAUUGAUUCAUACCAUGACUUUAGUUAAAUUUAGAUAUUUCUCAACUGCAGAAUUGGUGAUGAGUUAUUACUAACCCCUACUAAGACCCCCACUAUCUGUAAAGUGUAUAUACUCUUGUGUAUCUGAGCAGACAUUUUGAUACUAUAUAUUUUUGUAGCUGUAUAUUUAAGGAAUGGAUUUUGUCUAAGUUAUAUAUUUUACUUGUGGUCAUUAAGUCUGAAAAAUUGUGUAUUGUAUAAUUGUGUAUGUGUGUAAAAGAUCAGUAAAGAAGAUAAAAAUACUU